AUGGCUAUGGACCUACAGCUCGAAGAAACAUCACAACAAUCAAUUGCGCAAACUGCGUUGGCCAUACCAGAGCUCACGGAAAACACCCUGAACCGUUUGCCGGAUAUUCGCGAUCUCAUUCAUGUUCGGUCAACUUCAAAGGUCUUAAAGGCCAUCGUCGACGGAACGCCCAGCAUCCAACGCCGCUUGUGGCAGCUUCCCAUCCCAGUUCGACAUGACGAAGAUCCACAUUACCCAGAUUUACCACAGAUCAUGUCCACGUAUCCUCUCAAGCUGAGCUACCAGGAGGUGGAAUGGGCCCUAGAGGGGAUUCGUCGCAUGGAAUGGGAUUUUUAUGACGCAAUCGAGGCACGCGAGGAUGAGGAAACCGCAGCCGCUGCGCGAGAGCAGCAAUGGGAACGUCUAUGGCAUCCGUUCGAGAAACCUAACUACAAGUUUUCCCUUCAAACUUUCUUCAUUCUAACACCUCAGCAACAUGCGUUCAGGUGCGACGGUUGCCGGCGUCUUCACCCUCCAUACGCUGCCUCGGGCUUACAUCCAGCUCUCCGCUUCCUACACAACCACGAAAUCUGCGGUCGAGGCUAUGGUUCAGAACUGCUCUUUCGAUUCGCUCUUGGGAAUUUCAGAAGUGCAGACUACCGGAUGGGGCCUGCAUUGGACGAAAUCGAGGGUCGCAUGGCUGGCCGCAAUAAUGUGUACGUUCUAGCGUUGUUUGCCAGGGCUGUGAGUGACGCCUACGAAAUCGCAAAGCAACGCGGUAUUCUUCAACAUUAUUUCAUGGCGCCCGUGUGCACGAGGCUCAUUCUGGCUUGCGUCGAAGGUCCAGACCCCGUGGGUCUGGGGAAUACCAUUGUUCGCGAUCAAGAUGGCAUUAAGUUGGGGCAAGUGCUACGCGCUCUUCUGCGAUUUUGUGACCUGACCUUUACACGCGGUCGCGCUAGGACACUGACUGUCAACGAGUCUUAUGUCAUAAGUGGAAUAUAUGCUGAGACAUGGAAGGAGGACAAGGCCUAUAUCGCCCAGCUGUACGACGAGGCACAGGAGGAGUUGUCCUGCUUGCAGGAAGGUUAUUUGGAUGAAGACCAAGCAGCUCAUGAUUGA